AGGACACUUCGCUCCAUGACUAAAGCGUCCCGAUUAUUGGUGGAAGGAUGCACAAAUCUGAUUGGAUACUUCAUGGUUCGUUCCAAUCCGAAUGCACGCUUGCUGAGCUGUGCUCCCGUGGGGCUGGAAUUGUGUGCAGGAAGAGAAAUGGCGGACGCGGUGUCUAUCUUCAUGUCAAUUGGCCUCAGUGAGCAGAAAGCUAAGGAAACAUUGAAAAAUGAAGCACUCUCAUCAACACUCAAGACGGCGAUCCAACAGGCUCAAGGGCUGCUGGGUUCCGCUAGCAUUGAUAAGACUGCAGGCACUAUGCUGUAUAAUAUGGUGACACGACUCAAAGACUCCACUCAACUGUCUUUCCUCACAGAAUACAUCAUUACACGAAAAAUUACUUCAGAACUGCAGCUGUCAGCGGCGUUGGACUUUAUAAAAAGCCACCCACAGGAGAAUCUGGAUCGAUUUGAGUUUGAGGCUGCCUGUGGCGUGGGAGUUGUCGUUACACCUGAGCAGAUAGAAGAUGCGGUUGAAUUGAUUAUCAGGAAGCACAAAGAUCAGCUGUUGGCAGAGAGAUAUCGCUUUAACAUGGGGAUACUCAUGGGUGAGGCCAGGACUGCUCUCAAAUGGGCUGAUGGGAAGAUUGUCAAGAAUGAAGUGGAUAUGCAGGUGCUUCACCUUCUGGGUCCAAAAACUGAGGCAGAUCUGGAGAAAAAGCAGAAGGGUGCCAAACCCAAAGCUGCAGAGAAAGAUGUGAAGAUUGAGCAGGUUGCAAAUGGUGAAGCGAACACAGAGGGGAAAUCAUUGAUGGAGCAGCUGAGAGGAGAGGCGCUCAAGUUCCAUAAGCCAGGGGAGAAUUACAAGACUGAAGGUUAUGUUGUAACACCCAACACCAUGAAUUUGCUGAAGAAGCACUUGGAAGAGACUGGAGGACAGGUCCGCACCCGUUUUCCCCCUGAGCCUAAUGGGAUUCUGCAUAUUGGUCAUGCCAAAGCAAUCAAUUUCAAUUUUGGUUUUGCCAAGGCCAAUAAUGGCAUCUGUUUCCUGCGUUAUGAUGACACAAAUCCCGAGAAAGAGGAGGAGAAGUACUUUACUGCCAUCAAAGAAAUGGUGGAGUGGCUUGGGUACAAACCAUACGCUGUCACACACGCCUCUGAUCACUUCCAGCUUCUCUAUGAUCUUGCUGUUGAUCUUAUUCGCAGGGGUCAUGCAUAUGUGUGCCACCAGCGUGGAGAGGAACUCAAGGGUCACAACAUCCCUCCCUCCCCCUGGAGAGAGCGACCUGUGGAAGAAUCUUUGCUUUUGUUUGACAGGAUGAAAAAGGGCAUGUUUGCAGAGGGAGAAGUCACUCUCAGAAUGAAGAUGGUGAUGGAAGAUGGAAAAAUGGACCCUGUGGCAUACCGAAUCAAAUACACGCCACAUCACAGGACAGGAAACACUUGGUGCAUAUACCCAACGUAUGAUUACACACACUGUCUUUGUGACUCCAUCGAGAACAUCACUCACUCACUGUGCACCAAAGAGUUUCAGGCCAGACGAUCCUCAUAUUUCUGGUUGUGUAACGCUCUGGAUUUGUACUGUCCGGUGCAGUGGGAAUAUGGCAGACUCAAUCUCACUUACACUGUUGUUUCCAAGAGGAAGAUCAUUAAACUGGUGGAAACUGGAGUUGUUAGAGAUUGGGAUGAUCCACGACUUUUUACCCUCACAGCUCUCAGGAGACGUGGGUUCCCUCCACAAGCUAUUAACAAUUUCUGUGCCCGGGUGGGUGUGACGGUUGCCCAGACCACCAUGGAGCCACACCUGCUUGAGGCGUGUGUUAGAGAGGUGCUCAAUGACACCGCUUCUCGUGCCAUGGCCAUACUUGAGCCCCUCAAAGUCACCAUCACCAACCUGCCAACCAAUGCACAGAAGGAGGUUCGAGUACCAGACUUCCCAGCCAAUGAAGCCAAGGGCAGUCAUGUGGUUCCCUUCUCAAAGACCAUCUUUAUUGAGCAGAGUGACUUCAGAGAGGUGAUGGAGAAGGGCUACAAGCGCCUGACUCCAGAUCAGCCUGUAGGCUUGAGACAUGCAGGAUUCAUCAUCUCUGUGCAGCGCGUCAUCAAGGAUGGCUGUGGUAAAGUGUGUGAGCUAGAGGUGACGUGUGCCAGCUCAGACUCUGUAGAAAAGCCCAAAGCAUUUAUUCACUGGGUGAGCGAUCCACUGCGGUGUGAAGUGCGCCUGUAUGAAAGACUGUUUCUCCAUAAAAACCCAGAGGACCCAGCUGAAGUUCCUGCUGGAUUCCUGAGUGACAUUAACCCUAAUUCAUUAACAGUGAUUGAAAGUGCCUUAGUAGAUCGUUCUGUGGGCAAGGCCAAAGUGUUUGAUAAGUUUCAGUUUGAGAGAGUGGGUUAUUUCUCACUGGACCCUGAUAGCACAUCUGAAAAGUUGGUGUUUAACAGAACUGUUACGCUCAAGGAGGAUCCAGGAAAGAUAUGACUGGACUGCAAGACAGAAGCUGUACUACUUUCAGCUGCACAGCCUUUAUCACAACACAGCUUUUAGUAAAAUCAAUUAAACCAGGGAAUUCAACAUAUUCUAUCCAUAUUAUGUAAAGCCUUUUCUAACUGUACAAGUGCUGGGCUGUUUUGUAUAACCUUUUCAAUCUGUUGGGGUUUAACAUCUAUGAAAUUAACAGAUUAAAGAUUUUGACUGGC